AGCAAGAUAAUCAGACGAGCCUGCUGGUUUGCGAUAGCAAAAUUUACCGGCCAUAGAAACAGCUCAGAUUUUCAAGUCAGUUGUCUGUUUUCUCAGUUCAAGGUUGUAAGGAAAUGGUGCUCCUUUGAAUUUAUCAUUGUUCCAACUUCAAUUGAAGAUAGAAUAAUAUUUCGUUUUUGAAAAUAACCUUUUAGAACUGAAAAUAUGAAGCUUAUUAUCUGCUAUUGUUCAAUUGCAGCAUUAAUGUUGUUUAAAUCUGCUUCUCUCCAAAUUAUUCCAUCUCAAAUCGGACAGAAAGUGUUGGAUGGCAUCAAAUCAUCAGGAAUCGACAUUUCCAACAUUCAGGAACGUGUUCACGACUUUACACAAGAAUGGCAGAAAUUUAAGGAGAGCUUCAACAAGUCAUACAGCAUUCUAGGAGAAAGUGCACGUAAAAUGACUUGGCAAGAUAAUUUUUUGAGAGUUAUAAAGCAUAAUGAAGAGGCAAGACUCGGAUUGCAUAGUUACACUUUAAAAGUGAAUCAUUUGGCUGAUAUGACCCUCAAGGACUACUUACAGAGCCUGAUAAGACUUUUGAAAAGCAUGAAAAGGAAAGGAGAAGAAGAUCUACUAGGAGUUCCAUUCCACAAUGCUUCCGAAAUACCAGAAGAGCUCGACUGGCGUGAGAAAGGCUUCAAUGGCAAAGUUUGGAAUCAACUAGACUGUGGAUCUUGCUAUGCUUUCACUGUUGUAAGCAUCGUGGAAGGACAGAUCUUCAAGAAAACUGGAGAGCUCAAGUACUUGAGCACACAACAAGUCCUGGACUGCUCUAAAUCUGCUGGAAAUAUGGGAUGCAGAGGUGGUUCAUUGCGAAAUACAUUGAGAUAUGUGGAGCAAAACGGACUCAUAGACCAGUCAAUCUACCCAUAUUCGGCAAAGGAGGCAACAUGUCAUUACCAGAAAACUGUAGCUUUGUAUAGAAUUAAGUCUUGGAACAUUUUGCCGUCAAAAGAUGAAGAAGCAUUAAAAAUAGCAUUGGCUACUGUGGGACCGAUCGCUGUUUCGAUUAAUGCUAGUCCAUCAACUUUCCAACUUUAUCAUGAUGGAUUAUACGAUGAUGUAUCAUGCUCUUCAGAUAAACUGAAUCACGCCAUGCUGCUUGUAGGAUACACUAAAGAUGCAUGGAUUUUAAAAAAUUGGUGGAGUGACCAGUGGGGGAAAGGAGGUUACAUGAUGUUGAGAAGACAUACGAAUCAGUGUGGUGUUGCUAAUUUUGCUGCCUAUGCAGAAAUUUGAAAAAGAAAAUUCGAAUAGGAUACUGUAGUAUGAAAUGUUUCUGUACAUAGUUUUAGUCCUAGAUUUUAGUUCAUAGUUUGAUAUUUUAAUUGGUAUAACUGAUUGUCAAAUUUAAAUUUAUAAUACUUCAUGAAUCAUGAAUCUAAAUAUUUUUAACGAAUGAGUUUCAAUGGAAAUUGUUCAAGUUAUCAUGGAAUAAAUGAAAUUAUGCCACCUUUC